AUGGUAUCUAUAGAGAUAGUUCAGCAAUGGAAGGCCACCAAAUAUAUUGGUAUAAUUGGGCUAGGUGACAUGGGCUUAUUAUAUGCCAAUAAGUUUUCAGAUGCUGGAUGGAAAGUCAUCUGUUGUGACAGAGAAGAUUUUUAUGAGGAUUUAAAAGAAAAAUAUGCAUCUGCCAAAUUUGAGGUUGUUCAAAAUGGGCAUUUGGUAUCCAGAAGAAGUGAUUACAUCAUUUAUAGUGUUGAAGCAUCCAAUAUUAAUAAAAUUGUCGAAAUGUAUGGACCAUCCUCGAAAAUUGGUGCAAUUGUGGGAGGCCAAACAAGCUGUAAGCUGCCUGAGAUCAAAGCUUUUGAACAGCAUUUACCCAAGGAUUGUGACAUUAUUACCGUGCAUUCUCUUCACGGUCCUAAAGUUAAUACGGAAGGUCAACCUCUAGUCAUUAUAAACCACAGAUCACAACACCCUGAGUCUUUUGACUUUGUUAAUUCUGUUAUGUCAUGUUUGAAGAGUAAGCGGGUUUACUUGACAUACGAAGAACACGAUAAAAUUACCGCUGAUACACAAGCUGUGACGCAUGCUGCAUUUUUAAGUAUGGGAUCUGCAUGGGCCAAAGUAAAGGUUUACCCUUGGACUUUAGGUGUGAACAAAUGGUACGGUGGCCUGGAAAAUGUUAAAGUUAAUAUUUCUUUAAGAAUUUACUCCAAUAAGUGGCAUGUUUACGCAGGACUGGCCAUAACGAAUCCAAGUGCGCAUCAACAAAUCCUUCAAUAUGCCACAAGUUCAACGGAACUUUUUACUUUAAUGCUUGAUAAUAAAAAACAAGAACUUACUGAAAGGUUACUACAGGCUAGAAAGUUUGUGUUCGGAAAACACACUGGCCUCUUGUUAUUGGAUGAUACACUUUUAGAGAAAUAUUCGCUAUCGAAAAACACUGUUAAUGACGACACUGAUUCCAAGCCAUUGCCAAAUUCUCAUUUAUCGCUGUUAGCGAUUGUCGACUCGUGGUAUCAACUUGGUAUUAAUCCAUAUGAACAUAUGAUUUGUUCCACGCCUCUAUUCAGAAUUUUCUUAGGUGUGUCGGAGUACCUUUUCCUAACACCUGGUCUGUUAGAACAGACAAUCGAUGCAGCUAUUCAUGAUCAAUCGUUCAGAAAAGAUGAUUUAGAAUUUGUUAUUUCAGCUAGGGAAUGGAGUUCAAUUGUGUCCUUUUCUAAUUUUGAGUUAUACAAGAAACAAUUUCAAGCUGUACAAGAAUUCUUUGAGCCAAUGCUUCCAGAGGCUAACCUUAUUGGCAAUGAAAUGAUAAAGACUAUUCUAAGCCAUUCUAAAGAACCUUUAACGGGUAAAUAUUAA